AUGGUCCUCCGCGCAGAACACCCCAUUGUGCGCGUCGAGCACAGCUCCAUGCGCACCAUCGAAACCCGCAAUACAGAGAACCUGUUUGGCCUCUGGUCUGUCUUUGCACGAUGCUCGCCGGCCAUGGAAGACGGAAAGCGGUACGAGAACAUGGCCUGGAGACUGUGGUCCCGCGAAACCUUCUGCUGCCAGCCCGACGACAUUGUGCCACCCCAGUGGGCGUUCAAGCGGCAGCUAUCGACGAGCGCCACUGACAUGCCCGAGCUGUCGACCAGCGUUGCGUCAGAUGACUCGAAUCUGGAAAGCGCCAUCAUCACAACUUCCCGCUCUGACCUGUCCUCCUCUCGCCCAGACCUGCGCCGCCACGACUCUGCGACGAGCCAGGCUCGCGGCAAGCACAUGACGUCGAUCGGCCUGGAAAAGGUCGUCAACUCAAUACAAGAGAAGAAGUUCAUCGAGCCACUGUCGCCCCUCCCGCCGCAACUCGCCGCGCCACUCGCCCAACAGAAGCCCUCCAAAGACACGACGCCCCGCACCGCUUCACCACCCUCCAACGCACGCCCCGUUCCUGAAUCGUCGUCCUCGACAGUUGCGACGACGCACGGAAGCCCCGCAAUGAGCCCGCUCGCUGGCUCAGAGACCAGUACUUCUACUGACAUCAGCCAACACAGCGUCGUCCGCGGUUUCGAGCCUGGCCACAUGUCGACCUCAGUGCGCUCCAGCGCCAACUUGAACCCCACGCCCAUCCUGAAGAAGAGCACAAGCUUCGUAGCCAAGCUCCCACCGUCCAAGUUCGAGCCCAUGAAGAAGAGACAGCCCAUGUUCACCCUAGGUGGAUCGUCUGACGAGGACAACAGCAGCUCGUUCGAGGCAUACUCUCUGCAACAGCGCAGCUCAUUGUCAGAGCACCUACGAAGAGCGGGCCCAAUGAGCAAGACGACAUCGUUCAAGGCUGAAGUGAGCACCCGUCUUCUCCCAGACGUCACCUCGGAGAGCGAAGGCGCAAUCGAGAGCGACAGCGAAGAGGAGUUCAACGAGAGCGCCAUCGACGAAGACGAUUCUGAAGAGGAAUGGGAAGACGACGAGGAGAAUGAAGACGCUGGCCCACCCGCCACACAUGAGCGUCCCCUGUUCCAGCGAGUAGAUUCGAAGCCAAACCUCUCCUCUCGUCGGUCUCUCCUCACCACCGCUCUCCACCAAGGCGACCGCGCACAGGCUCUACAGAACGCAGCAUCGCGCUCUACAUCUGCCAUCCGCCGGUCCAGAACUACCACACCCAACGGCCCGUCCACUGGCAACUCACCCCACGAGGACAGCGGCCUCAUGAUGCGUCAACAACCCCCUACUCAGCCAAAACCCAUCAUCAUGACCACAUCAAAUGUACACCCGCCUGCCAUGUCCCCAAAGACUACUCGACAGGCGAUGCUUCGCAGUGAGCUCACCGGGUCACUCCGUCAGAACCUCCUAUGGGAACGGCAACAAAAGAAUGCCACAACCAAUGCGGUGGCAAAGCGACAGCAGAGCGCGGUCAACCUCCCCGCGCUGCGCCGGGCCAUGACCACAGGCGACGUCAAAGGGCUAAAUACCAACCCCCAACAGGCCCAGAUCAGUUCCACCACCUUCCGGGACAACAACAAGGUCGAGAAUUCCUACCAAGAUUACUUUGACUCAGGUCUCCAGGAGUAUCAUAAGAGCGGGUGGUGA